CGGCCCAUGGCGGAGAGUCACUCACCGGCCGGGCUGGGGGAGCCUGCGUCCCUGGCUGGGCCUGGCGUCCCCGGUUCGGAGUCGGAAAGCCGGCGGCGGCCGCUGAGCGAGCUGCGCGUGAUAGACCUGCGGGCCGAGCUCCGGCAGCGCAACCUGGACAGCGGCGGCAACAAGAGCGUCCUCAUGGAGCGGCUGAGGAAGGCUAUUGAGGAGGAAGGAGGGAAUCCUGAUGAAAUUCCAGUGGUUUCAGAAAAUAUCAUGAAGAAAACUCCAAAAAGAAGCAGCAAAGGACGUAGAGCAGAUGAAGAGGGAGUGGAGGACAAUGGCCUGGAGGAGGAUUCUGGAGAUGGACAGGACGAUAUGGAAGCAAGUUUGGAUAACUUGCAGGAUAUUGACAUGAUGGAUAUUAGUGUGUUAGAUGAAGCUGAAAUAGAUAAUGGCAAUGCAGUAGAUUGUGGAGAUGAUUACAGUGCCCAUAAUAUUCUUGACUCGCUGUCUGAUAGUAAAGAAAAUGCUGAUGCAGAAGUGAAAGAAUUUCCAGAUCAGCCUGCAGAGUAUGCUGUAGGUAACUUGGAGGCAUCCCCACAAUUUUCAGAAAUUAAAGAAGAAUCAAGAGAAAUACCAAUAGUGAUGGUAGGCAUCUCUCAUGUGUAUGGAAUCAGGGUUUUCUUUUUAAAAUUUAUUUAUUUCUGGAUUAAAUACCCUGUUGAAGACAAAGAUACAAAGACAGUCACAAAAGAUGAGAAAGGCCGUGUGGGGAGUGGUUCUGGCAGAAAUUUGUGGGUUAGUGGACUUUCCUCCUCUACUAGAGCUACAGAUUUGAAGAACCUUUUCAGCAAGUAUGGAAAGGUGGUUGGUGCAAAAGUGGUGACAAAUGCUCGCAGUCCUGGCGCUCGCUGCUAUGGCUUUGUGACCAUGUCAACAUCUGAGGAGGCCACCAAGUGCAUCAAUCACCUCCACAGAACAGAGCUGCAUGGUAAAAUGAUUUCUGUGGAAAAGGCAAAAAAUGAACCAGCAGGAAAAAAGCCUUCUGACAAAAAGGAAGGUGAAACAAGGAAGGAAAAAGACAGGCACCAUUCUGCAGAUUCCAAAUCUGAGAAAUCUGUUGGUGUUAAGAAGGAGGAGAAGAUGGACAAAAAAGAUGAUGCUAAGAAAUCAGAAAAAGAUGAAAAAGAAGGAAAAGAAAAGGAUGAACAAAAGACUGGAUCUUCUGAUAGAUCCAGGGCAAGCAAAUCAGCAAGUCGAGGAACAGAAAGGACAGUGGUAAUGGAUAAAUCUAAAGGAGAGCCAGUUAUUAGUGUGAAAACUUCUGCAUCAAAAGAGAGGAGCACAAAGAGCCAGGACCGCAAAUCGGAGAGCAAGGAAAAGCAGGAUAUUUUAUCUUUUGAUAAAAUCAAGGAGCAGCGGGAACGGGAACGGCAGAGGCAGAGGGAGAGAGAAAUCAGGGAGACAGAGAGGCGCCGAGAGAGAGAGAGGCGAGACCGGGAGCAGCGCCUGGCAGCCAUUCACGAGCGGGAUGAGAGACAGAGGCUCCAGAGGGAGCGGGAGCGGCUGGAAUUCCAACGGCAGCGCCUGGACAGAGAGCGCCUGGAGAGGGAGAGGUUGGAGAGGGAAAGGAUGCACAUAGAGCAGGAAAGGAGACGGGAGCAGGAGCGAAUCCAGAGGGAGAGGGAGGAGCUGCGACGCCAGCAGGAGCAGCUGCGCUACGAGCAGGAGCGGAGAUCUGCCAUGAGGAGACCUUAUGAUCCUGACAGCAGGCGGGAUGAGCCCUACUGGCCCGAGGCCAAGCGGCUGGCGCUGGAGGAUCGCUACCACUCGGACUUCGGCCGCCAGGAUCGCUUCCACGACUUCGACCACCGCGACCGCGGCCGCUACCAGGAGCACUGCUUGGACAGGAGAGACUGUACAAGGGGAAUUCCAGAUCGAGAUGGGCAGCACUACCCAGACGAGCGGCACGGGGGGCCUGAGCGUCACUCCCGGGACAGCUGGGGGGGCUACGGCUCUGACAGGAGGAUGAGUGAGGGAAGAGGGAUCCCCCCACAAACCCGAGAUGGACGUGACUGGGGAGAUCAUGGUCGAAAGUUAGAGGGGCAUCAAGAUCGUACAUGGCAGGGAAAUGUGGCUGGAGGAGUGAUGGGACGGGAUCAUGAGAGAUGGCAAGGUGGUGAUAGAAGCAUGCCUGGUCAGUCAGGACCAGGCCAUGGGAUGACUCGAGGAGGGACAUCAGGGCGCGGCGGCUUUGCCGGGAGCCAGGGCCAGGCCGUGCAGGGCAGCGGCGUCCCCGGGCUGUUUGCAGCCCCCGAGAGACCCCCCAGGCCGAGCGAGCCCCGCUUCAGCCGCCGCUACUGAGCCUCGCUGUGCACCAAGGGCUCAGUGCCACCUGACACCGGUCGUGAGUUUUAUUAACCCCAGGUCACCUUGAGGUUGUGGUUCUAAAAAUGCCAGACUGCUGCCGCGCUGUAGCCAAAUCCUGUGUCAGCUCGGUUUGGGGCGGUUUGGUUUGGUUUGGUUUUUUCUGUUUGUUUGUUUGUAAUGAACAUGGUGUUGGUCACACAUCGCUUUUAAGUUUCUGUAAGUGAAACAUUCCAUUUUUCAAAAAUAAUAAAAUCGGUUUAUGGCUA